AUGAAAAAGGACUCGUUUAUUAUGUUUUGCGCUUGAAUAUCACUUGUGAAAUAGGUUCAACCACCAUAUUUAGUUUUUCUUGUAAGUAUUUUAAAAUAGUCAAUGAAUACCAGAAAAUCGGAAAAGCACAUUUGAAAAAUGCCGUUCUGAAUUGUGUAUUAGUUUAUUUAGAACUUGACUUCAGGGUGACCUGGAAGCAGUUAGCCUCGCCACACCGACCGUCCCGGCUCAGACUCGAAGUCGCCUUGUGCAUGUGCAUGAAAUUAUGGCCUCAUUGGAAGCGUACUCCGACAUAAUCCGUGAAAUGAUACGGAAACAUGCUACGCAUGCAGAUAUUUCGCAGCACCUGACUGACAUUGGAGCAGGACGGGGCUGUUCAGUCAUGAGUGUGAGGAGGUUUUGUCACGCUCACAACCUCACUAGAGUGGUGUCUGAUGCUCAAUUGGAAGUCGCAGUUUCUUCAGCUGUUAAUGAGACUGGCCCAACUUUUGGUCGAAAGUUCAUGACGGGGUACUUGGCGAGCAAAGGGAUUGUCGCUGCAGAAAAUCGCGUUGGUAGAAUCCAACAAGGAGUUGCCCGACCAUACCACGAAAUGAGACGCAAGGGCCUGCGGAACUUCAAUCCAAUCCCAUACAGUGCUGCCUAUAUGGGGCACAAGAUCCACUUGGAUCAAAAUGAAAAACUGGCAAUGUUUGGAGUGACGCAUGUGAUUGCCAUAGAUGGCUAUUCUAGCAAGGUAGUGGCACAUGCAACAAUGCCAGUAAAGAACAACCUCGUGAUUUAUGAAGAUGUCUACAGGUCUGCUGUGGUUGACUAUGGGAUGUGGGAUCAGGUUCGUGUCGACCAUGGCAAGGAAUUCUACUUGACAUUAUUCAUUCAAGAAAUUCUUGCAUCCCACCGACAUUGUCAGGACAAACCCCCUUAUCAUCAAACCCCAUCAACAAAGCAUUUUGAGUGCAAGCUGACGUCUAACAUCAAAGACCAGGCUCAGGAUGGUCACACCUUGAUGACUGAUUCUUAUGAAAACAAUGGUCACACCAUCGCAGUCAUCUCAAAGUGCCUGGAGGAAUAA